AUGAAUUGCAGAAUAACUCAUUGGUUGCACCCCACAUUAACCGCGAUGGUUCUUCACAACCCCAACAACUGGCAUUGGGUCAACAAGGACGUGUCUGGUUGGGCACGCGAGUACCUCGAUAAGGAGCUUCCUCAAGUCUCGGCUGAGCAGGAUGGUGUCACUGCGCAGAUCGAUAAGGUCGCUAGCAUGGACGGAGACGUCGAUGUGAGCCAGCGCAAGGGCAAGGUCAUCACCUUGUUCGACGUCAAGCUCAAGCUUGAAUACUCAGGCAAGAACAAGGAGGGCGAGGAGGCCAGCGGCACUAUCACGAUUCCCGAGGUUGCACACGACACGGAGGAAGACGAGUAUGUCUUUGAUGUAGAUGUUUACGCUGAGGACAGCAGCAAACAACCAGUCAAGGAUCUAGUACGAUCCAAGAUUGUUCCACAACUACGCAAGAGCCUUGCAAAGUUCGGCCCGGCCGUCAUGGCUGAGCACGGCAAGGACAUCCAGCACGCGCCAGGUUCCAACCCUUCAAGUGGUUUCACGACCCCUAAGGUGUACUCGAGCUCGAGUGUAAACAAGUCAUCGGCUUCGAAGACUGAGGGUGGCUCGCAGAAGUCGAGCACCGGCUCGGUCGUGAACGUCACUACGAUCAACGACAGCACAGAGUUCCGCACCACUGCCGCCGAAUUGUUCCAGACGUUCACAGACCCUCAGCGCAUUGCUGCCUUCACCCGUGCGCCACCAAAAACCUUCACCGGUGCUCAGCCUGGCGGUACUUUCGAGCUUUUCGGCGGUAAUGUAAGCGGAGAGUACACCGAGUUGGAGGAGCCAAAGCAUAUCGUCCAGAAAUGGCGCCUUGCACAAUGGCCCGCCGGUCACUUCUCAAACCUAUCGAUCUGGUUCGACCAGAACGAUGUCGAUGCGGUAACAGUAAUGAGGGUUGAGUGGAAGGGCGUACCCAUUGGCCAAGAGGAGUCAACCAAGACCAAUUGGGACCAGUACUACGUUCGCAGCAUCAAGACCACCUUCGGCUUCGGCACGGUGCUGUGA